UCGAGCUCACACGACGCCAGUGGAUCCCCAGCAGCAACGGCCAACAGAAGACCUAGUUUUAAGGCUACACGAAAUCCAUCUUGGUUGGUCCCAGCAUCUUGGUCCGCCCGUUUUUUCCGCAUGGUCUGUCACCAGCGAAUAAUCGGGAUAAUCACCAAGUCAUGUUGGGAUCCCAAGUCAUGGGAUUUAUCUUGCUGCUAAUAUUUCAAAGUGGAGAGAAGAAGCGACUGGUUGAGGCGCAUUUGAGAUCGACGGCGGCGCUUGCGGGCGAUCCAUUAACCGGAGAGCCAUUAUUUCAAGAUUUCGCCUUCCUCGAAAAAGACACGACGACAGGAGUGUUUGACUUAAGGCAAACAAUCGCAAACUAGCAAUCCUGUGCUUGUCAUCGUCGGUCAUUCAAAGUCAAAUACAAAUCGUAAUCUCAAUCUUUUUGUACUUUCUUUUUCUUUUACAGAUUGUGAUUGUCACGCGUCACCAUUUUUCGUUUUUGAGACGGGCUUAGACACUCUCAUCACUUUGCAAUCAUUGUCGUAUCAGAUACAGAGACUACUAGUACUAGUAGGGCUACCUUCCUUGAUGAUGUAAUUCAUUGUAUUUUGAGCCAGUUCUUGAGGAUGUUAAACAUCCGAUGCUUCUUCAUUUUCUACAGUAGAAAGAUCUACUUUGGGGGAGAGGGAGGCUCAGCAUCAUACUAGUACUUGUACUAGUACUACCUCAAGAACCAUGUUAUCAUGUACUUGUUCUUCUUGAUGUUCUUGUGCGCCUCUUCUAACUACAAUCGAUAUCUCAACCGAACUCAAGGAACCUCAAGAGAGGCACGAAGAAGACGAUGGUGGAGAAACAGAGAGAGAUGCAGAAGCGGAGAAAGGAGCUGUAGACGCGGAGAAAGGUGUUGUAGACGCGGAGAAAGAUGUCGACGCUGACGAGAAAGAUAUAGAAGCGAUCCGAGAAGGACUUGAAAAAUUGACGGUCGGUGAAGUCUCAAAGUUGGGGAGCGAGGCCUCACAGCUGGAGUCUCAACAAAGUUCUGAGCCGGAUCAAGAAGAUGAGCCUGAAGGAGGAGCUUUCGAUCCGUUAAAAGCGUUUACAAGCUCGUUCGAGGGUGACACAGAGGACGCGGAGAUGAUGAAAGAAGAGAAAGAUCACGAC